GCGGGGUUGUUUUUUUCCCUCCUUCCAGAGCUGGAGGCUCAGACAGCAUCCUGCACCAUGACCGGCAAGAUGACCGAGACAGAACAGGUGCCAGAGUCUAAGAAGCUCUAUGCGCGCUUCUGGAGGCUCUUUCCUCACCUGACGCUGUUCUGCACCUUGUUGGGGUACACCGUGCUGGGCGCGCUCAUCUUCAUGCAGGUGGAAGGAGGGAGCGAAUCCAGCACCGAUCAGGAGUACCAUGCAUUCCUGGAGAGGAUUGUUCAGACCGUCCACGUAAAUAUCAAAAACAGCUCCUACACAAUUAAUGACACAGUGGAAGAUAUAAAGAACCAAAUGAAGGAGUUCAAUUCCAUAUGGUUCCAGAGCCCCAGCAGAUGGGAUUUCUAUGCUUCCAUGUUGUUCUGCUGCACUGUCUUUACAACAGUUGGAUAUGGGGAAAUCUAUCCAGUUACCUUGCUGGGUAAAAUCCUGUGCAUCAUAUAUGCUAUGUUUGGCAUCCCUCUCUUGCUUCUGGUCAUUCUCGAUAUGGGUGACUUUCUGGCUUUGGUGAUGAGUAAAGGCUACGCAAAAAUCUACACCCUCUGCAAGUCCCUUCGCUCCCGCAACUGGAAACCAUGGAAAACUCCCAGGAGAGGACGGCGGUCAGACCGCUGGAUUCUGGACGACGGCACCUCUGUUCUCCACAGUAAUGUUAUGAUAGGUCAACCUCUAGAUAUCCAGCAGGUUCUGAACACUCAAGCAGAUGUGCGACACAAGUCUAUCCGUCUCCAAAAAAAUAGCGAAAUCUUUGAAAAGAUCCUGAAGAGGGACAAUUUAUUUAGAAGUGAUCCACUGCACAAGUCCCUUUCCUGCCCUGAACUAGACCAGCUGCCACCACCUCCCAGAGGAUUUCAAAUAUGGGAUUUCACAGGGUUAGGGGAGGUAAUGGAGGAGUUUGAUGUUCCGUUCAUACUGAUCCUUUUCAUUGUUUUUGCGUACAUUUGCUUUGGGGGUUUGGUUUUGCCAAUGUGGGAAACUGAAAUAAAAGGUUUUGACCCCUUCUACCUUUGCUUUAUCACAGUCACCACCAUUGGGUUUGGGGAUAUCAUACCUAAACACCCCAAAUACUUCUUGCUUGUCUCACUUUUCAUUCUUGGUGGCAUGGCCAUUAUGACCAUGGCCUUUAAGUUGGGCCAGAUUAGAAUUGUUUCCUGUUAUCGCAACUUCGUCCAGUUGAUUAGCCGUUUAAAUACUGAAGCUCCAAAAAAAGUUUGUGUUUCUUAGUUUUGAAUCUCUUAAUGUAUUCUACCUUUUUUAGACAUGAAAUUGAGGGAAAAUGUGCACGUGCCUUUCACUUUACUCUGAUAUCAAAAACAUUUGUAUUUAUGCAUUUAGAUAGUGUGAGAAUUACAUGCAUAACUGAUCCGAAAAAAAUUACUGCACAGUAUCCAGAAUAAUAUGUUUACACAGUUUUCCAACUACAUGGAACUGGUUGUGAAUUAUUUGCUUUUUGGUGAUUGUAUUUGUUAUGUGAAAUUAAAUAUACCAGGUAACAUAUAUAUAUACCAUAUAUAUAAGUAUACCAUGCUCAACAUGAAUCUAAAACAGACUUUUUCUUGGGCUAGACCUUUGUUUUGUUGUUCCUCAGAGUCUUAAAUGUGGUGAAUGCUGGAUUCUACUUUAAUUCACUUCUAUGUCAGACUAAUAGUUGGAGAAGAAAAUGAACAUUCCUUUAUGUAGGGACAGUUAAAUAACCAAGGACUUUACAGUUCUUAAGACCUUACAUUCUGGAUCUUUUGUUUCUGUUUAAGUUUUGAUUUUUUGGGUUCCUAGGUUUGCUUUGUUUUUUUUCUGUGUUGCUGUAUACAUUUAGAUAAUUAUUGUAUUCUUAGUUUUGCCCUUCCUGGUUAGCUCUUUUUUCAACAUUGUUGGUAUUAUUUACACUGGGUAGCAGUAUUGCCUUACAGCAAGAAGGUUCUUGGUCCGUUUCCCGGCCCGGGGUCUUUUGCAUGUUCUCCUUGUGCAUGCGUGGGCGCCCUCCCACAGUCCAAAAACUUGUUAAUUGGCGUGUCUAAAUUGUCCUUAUCUGUGAAUGUGUUUGCAUGGUUGUAUGUAUUUGUGUGUCUCUGUGUUGCCCUGCGACAGACUGGCAACCUGACCAAGGUGUACCCCGCCUCUCGCCCAUAGACUGCUGGAGAUAGGCACCAGCCCCACUCCAAUCCUGACAUGGACCAAGCGGGAGAAAAUGGAAAUGGAUGUUUAUCCCUGGUUAUUAUUUGCUGCCCCCUGUGUCAUUUCCUUUCCCCUUAGCUCCUUCUAGUUACUUCUGUCCACACCUGCUCCUUAUUAGCUAAUCCGUCCCUACAUUCUUUGUCUCCCAUAUUUACCCCUCGGUUUAGUUACACAUUGCUGAUCCCUCGUCAUUUUUUAGGUUUAUUCCUGCCUAGUGUCUCCUAGGUUUUUGGUUGAGUUUCUUGUCAAUUGGUUCUGGACUAUGGAUUCUGUAUUUUUACCUCAAUAAAUUUUGCAAGCAAUCA